AUGGAUUCCAUUCCCUCCCACAGGUCUAAGCUCGUGCGUCAACCUGCCGCUGGGUCAGCGAGUACCAGCCCCGACGACGCCUACGAAGUCGUCCAGCACCCGCAGAGCAAGCUUCUCGAGUUGACGACGAGGAUGCUCCAUCUGUCUGCUCUUCCGGACGAUUCCCUUGAUCGUUCAGAUACUCACUCUCAAGAGCCAAGCUGCGUACGAUGGCUUCUAAGCCGUGCCGUCCUAGAGCACAUUCCAGGAGACGGCUCCAUCGCGUGUUCCGCAUUAGCUACAAGCGCCGGUGUACCCGAGCAACAGCUUUCUGACGUUGUUGAUGCGGCUGUUCUCUGCGGGUUCUUGAGGGAGCCGGCGGCGGGACACGUCGCGCACACCCGAUCUUCGGCCUCGCUCGUCUUCUGCAAGAGCUUCCUUGGCUGGCUGCGCGGGACGUCGAGCGUGCCGAUGCCCAUCCUGCUCGAAGUUCUGAACGCCACCCUCACGGGCGAGACGGGCGACACGGGCGACGGAAACAAGCCGGCGACCAGCAAUAUGGCCCUGGGCGCCACGGGCUCGUUUUCGAACGGCGUCAGCCACGACGGGAGUCUCACAGCCGCCUCUUCUGACGAUCCGACCAAAGUUGCCACCACACUUCCACACAAGAGCCAGAAGCCUCCUGCCGAGCGUUUCGCCGGGAUUUCUUCGCAAGUCCAGUCACCACUCGCGCUAGCGACUGAUGAGAGACCCGUCCUAAUCAUCGGCGCCGGCAUAAGCGGCCUCUGUUUGGCACAGGCGCUGAGGAAGGUCGGAAUCCCGUUCAGAGUCUUUGAGAGAGACUCGGCCAUCGACUCGCGUCCCCAGGGAUACCGGCUGAAGCUCCGGCAGGACGCCGAAGUGGCGCUCGCCGAGAGCCUUCCGAAGGACGUCUACCAGCAUUUCCUUGCCUCCUGCGCGAUUCUUGCCGUUGGCGAGACCGACUUCAACCCGUUCACCGGCGAGGUGACCAAGAGCCGCGCCGGCGGGGGGCUGAGCGGGAAAUUGGGCCUGAGCCCCAGCCACACCGUUGACCGGACCGUCUUCCGGUCCAUACUCAUGACGGGCAUCGAAGACCGCGUCUUCUUUUCGAGACAGCUCGCUUCCUACACCGCGAACGAGGACCAGGGCGGCGGCGGCGGCGGCGGCGGUGUUGUCGUCACGUUCACGGACGGCGAGAGGACGGAAGGGCGAUUCCUCGUCGGCGCCGACGGUCUCCACUCCAUCGUGCGCCCCGGACUCUUGCCGGAGCACAAGAUCAAGGACACCGGUGCGGCCUGCGUGUACGGCAAGACGCCCCUGACGCCCGAGCUCGCCGCCAGGUUCCCGGAGAAGGGACUGCGGUGGAUGACCGUUGUGGCCGACCAGGCGCCGAUGCUCCAGUCGUUCCACAUCGGCGACGCGCCGGCGACGCUGCUCACGGAGCCGACGCGCUUCAGCGAGGAGAGCCGGUCGAGGUACCGGCUGCCCCAGGACUACGUCUACUGGGUGCUCAUAGCUCCGCAGGCGCGAUUCGGCGCGGGCGGCGGGCUAACAUCACCGCCACCCAAGGCCGGGAACAACAUAGGAGGCCCGAACCAACAGCAGCAGCAGGCGGCGGCGGCGGCGGAGGCAGCGGCACGUCUUAGCCUGGCCGUCACGGAGGAGUGGCACCCUUCCCUGCGGUCCGUGUUCGAGCUGCAAGACACGCGGCAGGCCACCUUCGUGCCGAUCAUCUCCUCGGUGCCGGACAUCCCCGCCUGGGAGCCGUCUGCUGUGGUGACGCUGCUCGGCGACGCCAUCCACCCGAUGAGCCCCUGCGGCGGAGUCGGGGCGCAGACGGCCAUCUGCGACGCGGCCGCGCUCGCCAAGGUCCUCGACGAGGCUCGCGGGUCGCCGUCGGCAGGGGAUGUCGGUAGGUUCGAGGAGGGCAUGAGGAGGCGGGCCCGCGGUAGCAUCGUGCAGAGCGAGAUUGGCUCCAAGACGAUGUUUGGGCUCGGGUCUCUGGAGGAAUGUAAGCCCUGGGCCAGCAAUUGA